AUGGGUUUCCGUUUGCCUGGGCUUCAGAGGCGCAGUGAUGUCCCAAAGGGCUAUCUUGCAGUCUAUGUGGGAGAAAACGAAAAGAAGCGGUUUGUGAUUCCUGUAUCAUAUUUGAACCAACCUUCAAUCCAAGACCUGCUUAGUCAAGCUGAACAAGAAUUUGGAUUUGAUCAUCCAAUGGGAGGCCUCACAAUCCCUUGUAGAGAAGACGUCUUCCUAGAUAUCAUUUCAAGCUUGCACAGGUCAUAGAGGGGAAGAUUGAAAUGUAGAUGGUCAAUGACCUAUUCAAUUUUGUAUACAAGACAUGGUUAUACAUUGU